GACUUGGUCCCACAUUUCCUCAAGAGUUCCAAAUGGACGCAGCAGGGCUUUAACCCCACAAAGCCUCGCCGCCGAGCACAAGCCCAGCCGCCGCCGGCCCCUUCCCCUCCGCGGGCUCCUCCGUCCGCGGCUCCUCCAUCGCUCUAGCGAGCCGGAGAUCCACCACCAUCUGGACGACGACUGGUUCCUGCUCGUGUUGGGUUCGUCUUCUUCGGCGCGCAAGAGAUCGAUUCGUGCUGGCAUCGUAGCAGUUCCCUGUAUCUAAUCGAGGUGCGGGCGGAGUUGAUUUCGAAAGUUUUGGGGGUUCAGCUGAACCCCCAUGACCCAGGUGAAGCCCGCCCCUGGGGGAAGGAUGCUGACCGUGCUGCGGGUGCACCUCCCGUCGGAGAUCCCGAUCGUCGGCUGCGAGAUCACGCCGUACGUGCUCCUGCGGCGCCCCGACGGCGGCAUCUUCACCGACGACGUGUCUGAGGCCUCUCCUGUGGAUGGGUACUUCAUGCGCUACAAGUGGUACCGCAUACAAAGUGAUCGAAGAGCCGCUGUCUGCAGUGUACACCCAACAGAACAAGCAACGCUUCAGUGCAUAGGGUGUCUGAAGUCAAAAAUACCUGUUGCGAAGAGCUACCAUUGUUCUGCUAAGUGCUUCUGUGAUGCCUGGCAACACCACAGGGUUCUGCACGAACGUGCUAUCAGUGCUUUAAAUGAAAAUGGAACAGAAGAGGAGGAGUUAUUUGGCAGAUUUGGCAGUGGCAGUUCGAGUUCAGGGAUUAUUAGUGCAGCGUUGUCUGGUUCAACACCAAAUCUUUCGCAGAGCUCAGGUUUUAAUAAUGGACCUACACCUGUGUAUCCAACAGGCACUGAAAAGAGUUCUGGUGAAACUUGGUUCGAAGUGGGACGCUCUCGGACAUAUACAGCAACCGCUGAUGAUAUUGGGCAUGUACUAAGAUUUGAAUGUGUAGUUGUGGAUUUGGAAACAAGGGGGACCGUCGGAGCUCCUACUUCCGUCAUGACAUCCCGUGUGAUCCCAGCACCAACCCCCACUCCACGUCGCUUGAUCCCUGUGAAUGCAGCUGAUGCUAUGGGGCACUUUGAUUUAGAUAGCCGGGCUUCUUCUUUUGGGACAUUCACUGUGCUAUCCUACAAUAUUCUCGCUGAUACAUACGCGACAAGUGAUACGUACAGCUAUUGUCCAACUUGGGCACUUUCAUGGGCUUACAGAAGACAAAAUUUACUGCGUGAAAUUAUUGGUUACCAUGCUGACAUUAUCUGCCUUCAGGAGGUACAAAAUAAUCACUUUGAGGAAUUUUUUGCACCAGAGCUUGAUAAACAUGGAUAUCAAGCACUUUAUAAAAAAAGGACAACAGAGAUUUACGCAGGAACUCCUCAAGCAAUUGAUGGUUGUGCUACUUUUUUCCGAAGGGACAGAUUUUCGCAUGUCAAAAAAUAUGAGGUUGAGUUUAACAAGGCUGCACAGUCUUUAACUGAUGCUAUUAUUCCUGCCGCCCAAAAGAAGUUGGCUCUAACUCGUUUGGUUAAGGAUAAUAUUGCGUUAAUUGCAGUUUUAGAAGCUAAAUUUGGUAACCAUGGGACUGAAAAUCCUAGUAAAAGACAGCUUCUUUGUGUGGAGAACCAUGCUCUCUUCUGCCAGAUUACAUCUGUAAGGUGUUCAACCAUCUUUGACCUGACGGGAAUGAUAAGGAAACCAAGAUCCUUACCGAACAGUGGAAAUAGAGAAAUAAAUUUCAGUGACAGAUUGGAGAAUAGUUUUCAGUUGACGGGUAGCAAACAUAACUAUUUUGACAAGGCGAAUACACAUAUAAAUAUCCAUCAUGACCUGAAAGAUGUGAAGCUGUGGCAGAUACACACCCUCCUAAAAGGAUUGGAAAAAAUAGCCGUAAGUGCGGAUAUUCCUAUGUUGGUCUGUGGAGAUUUUAAUUCAAUCCCUGGAAGUACAUCACAUGGGCUUCUUGCUAUGGGCAAAGUUGAUCAAUUGCAUCCAGAUCUGGCAGUAGAUCCUCUUGGAAUUUUGCGUCCACUAAGCAAACUGACACACCAACUUCCUCUGGUCAGUGCAUACUCGUCUUUUGCGAGGAUGGCUAGUGUUGGUUAUGAUUUGGAUCACCAGCGAAGGAGGAUGGACCCCACGACAAAUGAGCCUUUGUUCACAAAUUGCACAAGGGAUUUCACUGGUACCAUCGAUUACAUAUUUUACACAGCGGAUUCAUUGACAGUGGAGUCGUUACUGGAACUAUUGGAUGAGGAUAGCUUGAGAAAAGACACGGCUCUUCCUUCUCCUGAAUGGUCAUCGGAUCAUAUCGCACUCCUAGCAGAAUUCCGGUGCACGCCUAGAGUUAGACGAUAAUUUUAGGAGGAGCUGUAGGUGAGGGAUUCUCAACAAUCAGAAGAGAACGUGCCCUCGUGGAAGUCAAGAAUGAGUAAGCCUAAGGGAAAGAGGCUUGUGAUUUUCCUCACCCUUUUACAUGCUGCCCUGAUGUUUUGUAGUGGCUCUAGUUGGAAUAUGACUUCCUAUAGAAGAUAUAUCUUUGCAAAGAGAAAUAAUUCAAUAGAUUUGGAUGACAAUUUUAGUUUUCCAGCCUCACAUUCUCACCCUCACCUUCAGUGUGAGUUCAUUGUCCACAUUUUUGUUUCUUACCAUGGAAUCUAGUUCUUACAAACUGGAAAUGAUCCCUUCCUAUGUCUCAUUUUCUUGUGACUUGUAAAUUCUGUUGUCUGGGGGGGGCAACUUUUGUUUUGUAGACGUAGUUGUUGUUUGGAGAUGCUUAGUUGAAAAGUGCUGUUGGGUUAUCGUGGAGUACAUGGAACAGCACCUGUUGAGGCUGUUGCAAGAAUUUUGAGCUACACAUUCGGGAGGCUAUAUUGAAUGAAAACUGUGAAAUUUGAUCUGUCCUUUCGGACGGUUUACUUGUUUCUGGAA